CGUAAAACCUGUUUACGUGUUCAUAGCAUUCAUUUUUAGUCUUUCGAGCACUCCUAGUGGGGCGUAAGUAUAAAAGCUCUAAUGAACUGCUCCCUCUCAUGUCUCCAUGCCGCCUGCGGUCAUUUUCCUGUGUAGACUUUACGCACUGGAUUCCUUCCUCUCUGAAAUGUCGUGUGGAACAGCCUGGAGGCGGCGUAAAACCUUCCCAUCCGCAAGCCUCUGUCCAUUCUGCGGUACAGGACAGGCUGCCUCUCACACACACGUGUGUCUAAUUUAGGGGCAGUCCACAGGAAAGACUGGAGCUCAUUAAUCAUUUGCGCAGUUUGCUCGUCCUCCUCGUAACAUGUACAUGUUGUCAGUGUAAAAAAAAACUGCAUGUGUUUUGGAUUAAAAGGGUGUCCUACACUGAAAUGUCUCACCAUUGGAAAUGCAGCUCCACGCCUGUCUGUUGCUUUUUAUCGUCACAACAGAUAAAGCGCUGGCCUCUUCAUAUCAUCACUGUGGUGGAAAUGUCAGCUUGGACCAAAAGCCUGCUGGUCACAUCAAUCUCACUUUGGCUGGACUGUUUACUAACAGCAGCAGUCUCGACCCCAUGAUCCUGCAGUCUGACAAAACCUCACAGGUUUCAGUUUGCACUUGGGUGAUAGAUAUCCCUUUGGGAGGGCAGGUACUCUUAAAGUUAGUAUGGUUGGAAAAUGGUUCAAGUAUAUCGGUGCGCUGUGUCUGGAAGGAAGAAGAUCGAGCCUUGGCCAGCGGGGGCAAGGCUCUGCUGUCUGGUUGUGACAAGAACAAAGCCGCCCUCACUUGGACAGGAGCAGGACGUUCUUUAAAUGCAGUUCAGCUGGCUUAUUAUGUCCAGGAAGAUGAGAGGAAUUCCUCGGAGGACCACUCAACCCAACAUCCAGACUUAGACCCCACUCAAUGGUUUCCAACAGGAACCAGCUUUACAAGUAGUCCUCCUGUUGAUCAAGAAGUGGCGAGAGGCACGAAGGAGGGCAGAGAUCACACCUACGAUGGUCUGGAGAGGAGUUUUGCACCUCUGUCUGUGUCUAGUGCCUCCUCUCUGGAUCAAGGACUGCUGAACCCCACCUCACCCCAGCAGGGACUCCCUGUCGCUGGGAGAAGUGAUAGGGAAACUCUCCCUCUUCCUGAGGAAAAACCAGACAAUGGAGCGGAAACAUCUGGAGCUGCUCACCUCACCGAUGGGCCCAUGGCUGCCAGAAAUACAACACACCCAUAUUUUCAGCAUGGACUUAGUGCAGGCCCCAAUACCAGCACACCCUCAAACCCGACUGAAAAAAGCCUUCAAACUCUGAUGGCGUUGACAGAGGAAACAGCCAGUAGUUCAGCUCUCUUGUUUGGCAAAGCUAUACAAGAUACAUCCAUUCAGACAUCUGAAAACACAGGCAAAGAUGUUGCCACACAAAUGGAUCAAAGAGUGUCCAGCGCCAGCGUUCCUCUCCGUACUUCUGCUCCAGCUGAGCUAUCUUCCUCCAGGACAGGUCAUACAGGCAUAACCGCACAUGGUGUGGGUGUUAGUGGGACAUCUGGAGAUGAACGGCCUCAUUCCUGGAGGAGCCAGAGAAGCACAGACAGACAUAAUUCUGACCUGACCUUUGCUGUCACUUCUGACCCUUUAAAAUCCUCCAUCAAAACACUGCAGGAUGACUUCAGUGCACAAACCCACACUGAACCCACUGCAUCAUCAUCAUCUUCAGAAGUUUACAGCGGCACUCAUUCAUUCAACACCCACUUCACAGAGCUCAACAAUGUUGUUAGCACUGUGGAGGCUGAUCCAGUUCAUCCAAACAUAAGUCAAAUUAACUCAUUUGUAUCUGUUGCUGCUGCUCAGACUGUCACAUCUGAGUUGCCUGAUAAGUUUGAACAAACUGAGAUGACGCUCCCAUCUUCUACAAGGAGUCUAACAGACUCUCCUCAAAGCACAGAGAGCCCCACACAUUCUGCUUACACGUCAUCUUCAUUUACACAGACAGACAAAGAGACACAAACGGCAGUAGAAAGCGCACGCAGAAAUAUCAUUGAUGCGCACCCGACUACAAACACUACCCCUUCCCCACCUGGUAUUACCAAGGCUUACAGUUGGACUUCAGGGUUCACCGAUUCUUCUUCUACACCCAGGGCAGCGCUGACCGUGGGAGGUGUAACCCAAAACUCAGCCAUCACAGGAACCACUGGAGUGACAUACACUCUGCAUCCUGCUCACACACUCCUACGUGAUGACUCGCCCACAGAUUCUACUGCUGUUGCUGUUUCAUCAUCCACCACAUCCACAGAGUCCUCUACAGCUUUGUACACACUCCACACACACAGUACGUUUCCUGAUAGUUCACACCCCGCUUUAACCUCGUCUGUGUCUCAGUCCACGGACCACACAGUCAGCAAAACCACACCUUCACCUCCACGAAUGUCACCUCCUACACACAAUCACCCGCCUCCUCCGACUUCUACUAAUAUGUCACCAACACGUAACCAAUCCCAACCCCUAAUUAUUACUACUACACAUACUCCUCUCCCUUCUACUGUAACAUUAGAUUAUGGACAUGGAGAUGGAGAAGUACAAGUAGAAAAGUAUGAUAAGUUCUGGCAGUGGUCUCCCAGCAGCACGACCACACGCACUCCCACAUCUGGACUACCACAGCAACCUCCACAGCGGACAACCAUGCAUCCCAGCCAGGAGCCCUCUUCUGCUUUAACCUCCACACCCGCUCGAAGCUCCACAAACAGUCCCAAGUUCUACAUCGUGCCAGAUCAGCCUGCUGCCAUAAGAGUGGAGUCAGUUGAGCUGCUGCUGCAGAUAGUUGUAGAAGAGCCCAUGUUGGCUUCAAAUGUCAAUUUGGAGAACGACACUACUACCUGGAUGAAGCCAUACCUACAGAAAGCCCCGGGGUUCAGCCGGCUGCUGGGAGUCUGGAGCAGUGGCCGUGCAGUGCAGAGCCUGCUGGAGUUCAAAACCAGCAGAGCUCUGGAGUGGCUCAGCAUGACAGAACCCACAUCACUGCUGGAGCGUACUGGCCUAGCCCAGGCUGUUCGCAACAAGAGGACAUUCAGGACUUCCAGGAUCACCAACAUCACAGUCGGAGGUCUGCAGGGCGACAUCUGUGACUGGUUACUGCAGUGCUCUGCAGGAUAUAAGUGUGUUUCCCAGCCUGGCACUGCCAACUACAGCUGUUCCUCAGUCUGCCACUUUGACUACUGCCACCAUCACGGCAUCUGCACACACCAUCCACACCAGCUUCCAGUUUGCCGCUGCCUUGCAGGUGACGAUUUCUGGUUCAUGGGUGAGAGGUGCGAUGUCAGGAUGACCCGCGCACGUCUCAUUGGUGCGUGCCUUGCCAUCUUACUCAUCAUAGUGACAGUGAUCAUCAUUGUGGCAUUUGUGGCAGUGCGACGCUAUCGAGCAAUUCUGAUCCAGGCCAAAGUAGACCAGACUCGCAGCAGCUAUCGCAGAUUCAACCACUUUGAUGAGCUGUCAGGUCGCUUCUGGUUGCGCUCGUGGGCGGGAUCGGCAGACUCAUUGGACAAUCCUGCCUUCACACGCUCCGAUGAGUUGCUGCAUCUGCGAGCGCUUGACCGCCCCUGCUGUUACCACGACGACACGCUGUCACUGGCUUCCACCUGCCCCAGCCAUGGAACACGAAUCAACACAAUCUACCCCCACAGUUCCCAGUAUGGAUGGAGGGGGAGUGAGAUGAGCAUGGGGGAUGGUGUGCUGGACUCGGGUAAGGCCAGUGACCUUUCAGUGUGUAGCUGGCCAGUGGAACCCAUUCACUGGACUCCAUUUCCACUUCUGCAGCAACUGGCUUCUCACAGGACACCCACAGUCAGGGUGUCACGACCACGGUCCUACUGUGAAGGCAUGGAGCUUGUAGACAUGGGGAAAAGCUGGACUGCUUGACUUGCAUAUGGAGGAUUCAAUCUGUUCUGACACUGGUUUUUACAGUUUAUUAAUGCAUUGUAAAGUUAAAAUAUUUGUGUUUUGUUAAUAAAAAAAAAAAGUAAGGCAGUAAAUGUAUAAAUGUGUACAUAUUUCUUUCUUUUUUUGAAAGAUUAAAUCUGUUUCUGAUGCUGAGAUGUUAACUGCAUGUCUGUCAUGUGUGGUACAAGGUCUUGGAUAAUGUUAUACUGUUACUCAGGGCAUCAAUAUAUUGUAUUUACUUUUGGAAUUAAAGCCAUCAAAGGAUAUUUAUACUCUACUUACUUCCAAUAACAACUGAAGACUUUACACUUACGAAUACAAUAAUAAAAUAAAAACACAAAGAUGUUCUCA